UAUGGUGGGAGACAGAAUUACCCUAUACGAGGUUGAGAGUAUGAGCUGCGGGUCGUAAAUGCACGACGAGCAGUUUCGAUAUAGAACUUGGGGCGCCUUUAACAGCGGUUGUAUGAAGAACCGCUUUUGGACAAGGAAUUAUCAACAGACGUAUAGAAAGACAGAAACCAACGCAGAUUUUUUCGUAUCUGAUGAGCUCCUCCGUCGCACCGCUGGUGGUAAGAUGGCUGUGCAGUUGGAUGGAGGAGGGAAGGAGGACUUGAAAACACAGUUUGUCACGCGGGAAGGAACUUAUAAGCUAAUGACUUUGUCGGAGUAUUCAAGGCCAAAUAGGGUCGGUUACACGAAUAGUCAAGGAAGCGCAUCCGUUAGAGUGUCUUUUGUAACUUUACCGGAUCCAGCGGAUCCUACGGGUACGCAAGGACUUGGUGAUCGAAUGUGUUUCAACUUUGGCAAAGAGCUUUAUAUUUAUGUCUAUCGAGGAGUUAAAAAGGCUGUGGACUUAAAUAAACCAGUGGAUAAAAAAUUAUAUAAAGGAACUAAUCCAACUUGCCAUAAUUUUAAUCAAACAACAGCAACUGCAGACAGUGCACCAUUAUUAGUUGGUUUCUCUACAGGACAAAUUCAAUUGAUAGAUCCAAUAAAAAAAGAACUUAGCAAAUUAUAUAAUGAAGAUAGAUUAAUAGACAAAAGCAAAGUAACAUGUAUAAAAUGGGUUCCUGGAUCAAAUAAUCUGUUCUUGGUAUCACAUAGUUCUGGACAACUAUAUUUAUAUAAUGAAGAACUUUUAUGUGGUACAACAGCUCCUCAUUAUCAAUCUUUUAAAUCAGGAGAUGGUUAUGCCAUAUAUACUUGUAAAACAAAAUCCACAAGAAAUCCUUUGUAUAGAUGGGUAAUAGGUGCAGAAGGAUGUUGUAUAAAUGAAUUUGCCUUUAGCCCAUGUGGUUCAAACUUAGCAGUUGUUUCCCAAGAUGGAUUCCUACGAGUAUUUCAAUAUAAUACAAUGGAGUUAGUGGGUUCAGCUAGAAGUUAUUUUGGUGGAUUUUUGUGUGUAUGUUGGUCUCCAGAUGGAAGAUAUGUUGUUGUGGGUGGUGAAGAUGAUCUUGUGACAAUUUGGAGUUUUCAUGAAAAAAGAGUGGUAGCUCGGGGUCAAGGCCAUCAUAGUUGGGUAAGCGUAGUAGCUUUUGAUCCUUAUACUACAUCUUAUGGAGAUCAUGAUCCAGACUUCAGUGGUUCAGAUGAUGAAACAUUACCACAUAAUAAUCAUAAUCACUAUCAUGAGAAGUCUAAUCGUUUAUCUACAACUUCACAAGGAAUUCAUUCAAACAGAAACUCUUGUGGUUCAGAAUUAAGAGUGUCAGGUGGUACAUGCUACAGGUUAGGUAGUGUGUCACAAGAUACUCAGUUGUGUUUGUGGGAUAUUACAGAAGAUGUGUUGAGACAACCAAUGUGUGCAAAGCAAAGGCCAUCUGCAGCAGGUUCUAGCAUUCUUCCUACAUCUGCAACAAUCAACAGUGGGAAUGGUUCAACGACAAAUCACCACUUGAACAAUUCUAAACAUAAUAAUUUGAAUAAUGUUAAUUGCAAAGAAAACGCGAGUGGUAAUAAUGAAAGUAGUAAUAAUAGCAUGAGUACAAAUACAGCAGUGUCAACUGUAAAUUCUUUGACACAAAGGUUAGCAGGGCUUGGCUUUGGUGAGCGUAAAGGUGAUAAUCAUAAAAGGAACUUUAGCCUCACUAUGAGAGGUAGUGGUGCAUCUAAUAGCACAAUAAUGCAAAACAGUGGUAGUGAUAAAACUACCACUAACUCAAAUACAAAUAGUAAUUUGAACAGUGUCAGUGGAAAUUUAGUAGGUCCAAAUAAGAAGGUUAGUUCUGUGAUGGACGAUCCUAUGAGGUUGAUAGGAACUGCCUGGUGCCCUAGGUUUGAUGAGUGCCCAGUGCUAGAACCACUGGUGUGCAAGAAGUUGGCACAUGAAAGAUUGACUGAAUUAGUGUUUAGGGAAGAUUGCUUUGUAACAGCGUGUCAAGAUGGAUAUGUCUACACAUGGGCAAGGCCUGGUCACAUGGUAGGUCCUCUCACCAUCAGCAGCACUCUGCACAGGCCACAUCAUCAUAGCAAUCCUUACACCAACAUUAAUUCCUUGCGACCUAACGAUCUAUGAUGUAACCCAUCUUCAAUUGUUAUUACAAUUUUGUGAAGUAGGAUUUUUUUAGUAAAGAAUUCUAAUUUGUAUAUAAAUAGAAAUAAAAUUUAAAAUCAUUAUCAUUAUUCAAUGAAUGAAAUAGGCAAUACAAUAAUGUUUUGGACAAUUCUUAUUGUCUUUGUUAAAUUAUAUUAGGAAAUGAAAAAUGUUCUUUUAGAUACAUAACUAUUAAAUGUGAAAAAUAUAAGAGGGUGAUUUUGUUAUUUUUCAUCUUUAUUAACAAAUGUAAUGAAUAUUGUUCGUGCGGCAUCAUGUCAUAAUAUAAACGGUAAUUUUUUAAAUUUUAAUUUGAGAAUAAAUGUAUAUUCUUUCUUAUAUUUACAAAAAAAACCUUAGUUUACAUUUUAUCCAAAGCAAUAUACAUUAUAUUAAAAGGUGCCAUUGGAAUACAGAUUGAUAUAUAAUACAUUAAAGAUUUAGCAAUAUCUUUUAGUCCAUAUUAUAUACCAAUUACAGAAAUGUACGGACGGAUGAUACUAUGAAUGGAAAAAUUUAAUAUUAUGAUCUAUAUUUCUCUAUUAUAUAAAUUAUGAAAUAUUUCAUAUUUAACUUUUAUGUAUUUUAUAAUUUAAAUUUUUUGAAAAAAGAAAUGAAUUUGUAAGAUUUUUUCAAAAUUUAAUUAUGUAAAAUUUUAGUAUUUUUUUGAUAUAUAAGAAAAUAAACAUAAUUAAAAUAUAAGACAUUCAUAGUAUAAAUCUCCAUUCAUAUUUGUGCCUAAUGAUCAUCUGGUCAAAAUAUAUUCAAUAUAAAUAUUAAACGAGUACAUUAGUAUGAUUAUAAAUAGAAUAUAUUUAUAUUUGGUUUGCAUCAUUGAGAGUAAUAUUGUUUGCGCUCCAUAAGAUUUUGUAACAGGGCAGGCCCCUUAAAUCCUUUUUUUCUUUCCUGUAAAGUGUUAGCUUAGCUUAGUAAAUGAUAGAAAGUCAAUGAGUUAUUUAGUGAAACUAUUGUCCUGGAUUAUAAUGAUGUGACAUUUAAUCCUUUGUUGAAAACAAUGAAUUGCCUUGUUGUACAAUAAAGCAAAACUUUGAAUGAAA